ACGAGUAGCAUUCUUCAUCAUAUUACUCACGACUCGGCUCUAUCUUAACAAUGCCAUACCCGCACGCACUCCCCACGACAUCGCCUACCUCCUUCGCCCCGCACUACACCUCCCCAGUCUACCCGUCCUUACCGCUGCUCGUGACCCAACACCGCGGGACUGUACGCAACCUACUGAAAGCUCACAAGCGCUUGUCACCGUCGCAACAAUCGACGCAGCUCCCACAGCUGCUUUCUGCACUCGAAGCCUAUCUCCCGUAUCUCCUCUUUUUACAGGCCUCCCUCCAUAGCGGCGAUGUCCUGCCUUCGGAUUCUCCACGCCCGAUCACCCCAUCAUGGCGAACAACCAUAACCACCCCGCCAUUCCCCGGUGCACCACCAAAGCGCUGCGAGCGCGAGGGCCUUGACUACGAGAUCGCCUUCACCCUUUCAACACUCGGAUAUACACACACGCUCAUUGCGCGAUCACAAUUACACGACGCACUAUCACCCACACUUCCACCCGAGCAAAAACAGACGCUCCUUAACAGCGCCAUACAGCACCUCUUGGCCUCCUCCGCGAUAUUCACACACUCACUCUCGCUCCCGCGGACUCCAGGCACAGACAGCACCUGGCCGGUGGACCUCGCUCCCUCGGUCCUGUCCUCCCUCGCCUCCCUCUCGCUAUCCUCCGCCACACUCCUAGCAGUAACCAAAGCCGACCCUUACCCCAGCUAUCUCCUCGCGUCAUCCACCAAAUCAACAGGUAGCGAAUACCUCUACGCGCCGCCGCAAGCACCCACGGGCGUCAAAGCCCUGCUGUUAUCACGGAUCUGCAUUGCCUCCAGCGCACACGCCGAGAAGGCGCUGGGACUGUUAUCGACCUCGACCUCUCGCCGGAAGAAGCAAGACGACGAGGUGAUCCCCGAGCUAGCAAAGUACUUAGAUUCCCUCCACCGUGUAGCCCGAGCCAAGAGCUGCCGGUUUUUGGCGAUUGAUGCGGAGGCGUCGGGACGGGUUGGGGAGGCGAUUGGAUGGGCGGAGCUGGCACGGAGCAUCCUCUCCGCUUCAUCGUCGUCGUCGGCUACCUCGAAGAUUAAGCGGGAACUCCUGGAGCGCCGGGAGAAGUCUGCGCUGGAGCGGGGGGAUGCAAGCUGGGGUAUGGAUGCGGGACGGCUAGAGGAGACGAGGACUAUUGAGGCCCUCGAAGAGAACUGGAGGAGGAGUAAUGAUGCGGUCUUUUUCCAGGAGGUGGUGGGGGUGAGCACGUUGGCCGCGAGGAUACCUAGUGGACGAGAGGUACAUAGUGUUAAGCCAUGGGAUGUGCCAACGCUUGAUUCUACGGAGAAAAAGGCGUUGCUCGGGAGGGGAGUCGAAGGAUUGGUGGAGGGAGUCGAAGGGCUGGGCUGGGGGGAUAGUGAUGAUGAGGACGAGAAGGAGAGCUCAAGUGUUUCAACUAAGAUUCUGGGGGGCUAUUACUGAUGCAAGCAUUUGUUAGGUUACUUCUGUAAUAAGUACAAAUAAUUGGAGAAAGUAAUUCUUCUAUAUACACCGGGCUGUCCGGGCACCUUUCAUAGGCUACAAAAAUUAACCAAAAGAAG